ACAUUUUUUCUUAUCAAUUUGUUAUGAAAUACUUGUAUAAGAUAAUGUACAGAAAUUUUAAAGAAGUGAACUAUUAAUAACUGUGAAAAUGUUUCUAAUGCAAAAAUGUAUAGACUCAAAUUCAAACACAAAUGGAAGGACAUUAUUAUUUAAAAGGCUUAUAUCGGCCUUAUUUUAUGGAUUUGCUUCAUUUAUGAUAACAAUAGUGAAUAAAACAGUGUUAACGUCAUAUGGGUUUCCAUCAUUUCAAGUUCUCGGGCUCGGACAAAUGCUCGCAACAAUAAUUGUUUUAUAUCUGGCUAAACAAUGUAAAAUUGUUGAUUUUCCUGGAUUCGAAUUAAGUAUAUUUUCAAAGAUAUGGCCAUUACCAUUGAUUUAUAUUGGAAAUAUGUUCUUCGGAUUAGGUGGUACCAAAGAGUUAAGUUUACCGAUGUUUACAGUUUUACGAAGAUUUUCAAUAUUAAUGACGAUGAUUGGUGAAUUUUAUAUUUUGGGUGUUAAACCUAAUUUUGGUGUACAAAUUAGUGUUUAUACGAUGAUUGCUGGUGCUUUAAUUGCCGCUUCAAAUGAUUUAGCAUUUAAUUUAACUGGUUAUGUAUAUAUUUUACUAAAUAAUUUUUUUACGUCCUUGAAUGGUGUUUAUAUGAAGAAGAAAUUGGAUUCAAAGGAGCUAGGAAAAUAUGGCCUAAUGUAUUAUAAUUCCUUAUUUAUGAUUAUUCCUGCAAUGUUAUUUGCUUGGCAAUCUGGUGAUGUGAUAGCUGUAUAUAAUUAUGAAAAUUGGAAAGAUACAUUAUUUUUAAUAAAUUUUACACUUUCAUGUGUAAUGGGUUUUGUGCUAUCAUAUAGUGUUAUUGUUUGUACUUUUUAUAAUUCGGCGUUAACAACAACUGUGAUUGGAUGCUUGAAGAAUAUUUGUGUGACAUAUUUAGGCAUGAUUAUUGGUGGUGAUUAUAUAUUUUCGUGGGUGAAUUUUAUAGGACUUAAUUUUAGUAUAUUAGGUAGUUUAUUGUAUACAUAUAUUACAUUUAGAAAAAGUACAGCUGCACCAGCUUACGCACCAUUAAGUCAAAAAACCACGGAAACUGUAUAAGUUUAUUAAUCUCAAGAGUCCUUAUAGAUUUUUACGCUAAUUUAAUACGCAAAAACUGCUAGUUCUAGCGAAUUUUUUGAAAUGAAACGUAUUAUACCACUCUUGGUGUUAUAGUUAUAACACUUAGAGUGAUAUAAUACGUGCAUUUUUGUGACAUUGAGUGUGCACACCAACGAAAAGUAUACUACAGCAAGCCUAUCAAUAUCUCAAUUCCCAAUGUUUCCUCGUUUGCAAUUCGAAGUUACAUUUUAGGUAUACGGGGUGUCCUGUGUUUCGAUGGACAUAACUUAAGAGCAUAUUCUUUGGACAAUUUUAAUUCAGAAGUGUCAUAUAUACUUUUGUCCAAAACCUAACAGUUAAGAAGUUAUGUGCACUAUUAUACCAAAGAUAAUAGUCAAUAGGAGUAAAUUGAAUAGUUAAUUAAUCUGAUAGGCCAUGUAAUUGUUAUAAUUUACUCCUUAACUAUUGGAUUUUGGGAAAAAGUAUAUAAUGCAUUUUCGACUUAAAAUUGUCCAAAGAUUAUGCUCUUAAGUUAUGCCCAUCGAGUUACAAGACACCCUGUAGAACGCGGUGCCGAUUCUCAUAGCUAAUAAAUGAAAUUUUCGCGUACAAAAGAAGUUAGACGAGUUAAAUUCAAUCAAAUGACUUAUUUUUGAAUCAAGCCCAACGUUAUUUUUUAAAUGACAUGUGUACAGAUGAUACAUGGAUUAUCAAAA